AUCCGCUCUACAUGACAUGUACGGAAGUCGAAUGUAACUAACUACUUGCUACUAUUUCAAUGUUAAUAUACGUAUGUAUGUAAUGUAGCUCUUCAUUUCCAUUCAACGUUUUACUCUUUUGCCUCAUGUUAAACCGAAUAACUUAUCAAAUAACUUCCAAGUCGUUCAUCCACAUCUCGAUUAGAUCUAUCAUACAUACCGGUCCCAUCGAAUCUCAAAAGUUACGCGCGUCCCAACUUGGGCUCGAAACAAGCUUAAACACGUAGCUACGCAGCUACGCAGCCACGUCUCACGACCAACUCUGAUUUAUCCAAAUUUUGAGCUUUCACUGUCUACACUAGUUAGGUACCAGCAACAUCUUGAACCACCUUCGCCUUUCUUAAGUAGCUCCUUAUCUCGGGAGCAUGAAUCCAAUACGGGAAUGCCGCCAUUAACUCCGUACCGCCCGACUAAGCAUCCAGAUUCUCCUUCUCCCCCAAACGACUCAGAUUCAGAUGUCGACCUCGACCUCGACCUUCACGAGCUAGAUCCUACCACCUCAUCUCACAACUACACAUCGCCAUCACUAAGCCACAAUAUAGGUCCCGAGCAACGAGCUCCCCGUAUUGCCCUACGGAAUAUUCGCAUGGGCGGCUUGAGGCGGCCGAGUAAUCGAGGUCGCAGCUAUGGCGAGCUUGGCCGGAGUAGAGAUGGGAAUGGCGAUGUUGUAGGCUUACUUGACGAUGAUGUGCCUAGUCAACGAUACUCUGACGGAAGUGGCCGCCACGACAGCGAUGAUGCACCUCUUUUGGAUGGAUAUACUUCUCGCCCCCCGAAGCGGUCUUUCGCCAACGAUAGGCUUCAUAAUCUAACUCACCUCGGAUCAUCCUUGAGAUUGCCUAGCUUCAUGUCGAGUGCUUCUAUUAACGGGCGGGAUGGUAUGGGGAAUGCUGAUAACAAGGAAGACGAUUCUUCGGCCUCAAGAAUCAUAGCCGUUGGCUCAACUCAAUCUAGUCGUUACCCCCCGAACCUAGUCUCGAAUGCGAAAUACACAGCCUUUACUUUCCUCCCUAUAACCUUAUACAAUGAGUUCUCGUUUUUCUUCAACAUGUACUUCUUGCUCGUUGCUUUAUCACAGGCUAUCCCAGCUCUGAGGAUAGGUUAUUUGUCGACUUACAUUGCCCCACUUGCCUUUGUUCUUAUGAUCACUAUGGGGAAGGAAGCAUAUGAUGAUAUUGAACGACGUCGAAGGGAUAAUGAGGCGAAUUCUGAGGAGUACACCGUACUGCAGUUUGGGGAACUAGGACGACCGAACUCCACGUUACGCCCUCCCAAGAACCUCAAACCAACCUCCUUACGGAAAAUACAGCGCCAACCAUUAGCUCAGAUGGACCGACUGUCAGAUAUUCAGGAGGAAGAGGAACAAGUAGAAUGCCAAGGGAGGGGGUACCCGUCGUCUGUUGCACAACCUAUGAGCAAGAAAUCCCGAGAUCUUAAAGUUGGUGAUGUUCUAAAACUUAGUAAAGGUCAACGCGUACCUGCGGAUGUUGUCAUCUUAAAAUGUUCGGCACCAGAAAGCACACACGCCCCAAAUCAGCCAUCUAGCAGCAUGGAGCCAGAGACAUUAUUAGUUCACCCCUUGGACAACGAUGCAGAUCAGACAUCUUGGAAGGGGAAGAGUCCCGAAUUGCCUGGCUCGAGCGUUCCUGAAGGAAUGUUCACCGGGGAGACAUUUAUUAGAACGGAUCAGCUUGAUGGUGAGACCGACUGGAAACUUCGACUAGCGUCUGCUUUGACCCAAUCUCUUCCCGAGGAAGAGCUUGUUCGUAUCAAAGUCACGGGCGGAAAGCCGGAUAAAGCGGUAAACGAGUUCGUCGGCAAGGUUGAGCUGAUGGCGACGAAAGAAGAUGUCCUCAAUAGCCACUCCGACGAAAGUAGUAUUGAUGAAAGAAGCCAGUCUGCCCCUUUGUCAAUCGAUAAUACUGCAUGGGCAAACACCAUCAUCGCAUCGCAAGGUACCACUGUGGCUGUUAUCGUUUAUACUGGACCGCAAACCCGGUCUGCCCUUUCUACUUCGUUGUCACGGUCUAAGACGGGUUUGCUAGAAUAUGAGAUCAAUUCUCUAACCAAAAUACUUUGUGCGCUUACCUUAGCAUUAUCUGUCAUUUUGGUCGCCUUGGAGGGAUUUAGUAAUACUGAAGGUGAUAUAUGGUAUGUGAAGAUCAUGCGAUUCCUCGUAUUGUUCUCUACCAUUGUGCCCAUUAGUCUUCGAGUCAACCUUGACCUUGGAAAAAGUGUCUAUUCAAGAUUCAUUCAACGAGACCCAGGCAUUCCAGGUGCAGUGGUACGAACCAGCACGAUCCCUGAGGACCUUGGACGCAUUGAAUACUUGUUAAGCGAUAAGACAGGCACCUUGACUCAAAAUGAGAUGGAAAUGAAGAAAAUUCAUGUAGGCACCGUCUCUUACGCCAACGAGGCGAUGGAUGAGGUGGCAGCAUAUGUUAGACACGGCUUCGUUGGAACGUUGAGUGACAACGCACUCGUCACGCCUUCUUCUUCAUAUAACACAACAGCCGGAGUCACAGCGACUAGAACACGGCGCGAAAUUGGUUCAAGAGUUCGCGAUGUGGUCUUGGCUUUGGCUCUUUGUCACAAUGUGACGCCUACCACAGAGGAAGAAAAUGGCCAGACGCUUACCUCAUAUCAGGCAUCUUCUCCAGAUGAGAUAGCUAUCGUACAAUGGACUGAGUCGGUCGGUCUUCGUCUUGCGUAUCGAGAUCGGAAGAAGAUGAUUCUCGAGUCGACGGAAACGGGGAAAUUUGUAGUACAGGUUCAGAUUUUGGACAUAUUCCCUUUCACUUCCGACGGUAAACGUAUGGGCAUAAUUGUUCGGUUCUACGAACAACCACAACCCUCCGGAUCAGACAACGCAGAAAUCUGGUUCUAUCAGAAGGGUGCUGACACGGUGAUGGGGUCCAUCGUGGCUGCGAAUGAUUGGCUGGAUGAAGAAACAGGAAACAUGGCCCGAGAGGGCCUGAGAACUCUUGUUGUUGGCCGUAAGAGGCUGUCCUCCGAACAGUAUGAAAACUUCGCGACCAAUUACCAAGAGGCAUCUAUAGCCAUUAACGGUCGUGAUGUGGGAAUGCAACGCGUCGUCGCCGAGUUCCUCGAGCACGACCUCGAACUCCUUGGGGUCACCGGUGUGGAGGAUAAGUUACAGAGAGAUGUAAAACCAUCUUUAGAGCUACUACGGAACGCUGGCAUUAAGAUCUGGAUGUUGACCGGUGACAAGGUCGAGACAGCCAGAUGCGUUGCCGUUAGUUCAAAACUGGUUGCCCGAGGUCAAUACAUAUAUACAGUCGCGAGGCUCAAGCACAAGGAUAAUGCUCAAGACCAUCUCGACUUUCUCCGAAGCAAAACCGACUCCUGCUUGCUGAUUGAUGGCGAAAGCUUAACACUUUACCUAACGCAUUUCGGAGUCGAGUUUAUAUCUGUGGCUGUACGAUUACCCACGGUGGUAGCUUGCAGAUGCUCACCUACGCAGAAGGCUGACAUUGCGAAGCUGAUCAAGGAAUUCACGAACAAGCGGGUUUGUUGCAUCGGCGAUGGUGGUAAUGAUGUCUCCAUGAUUCAGGCCGCGGAUGUAGGUGUUGGCAUCGUUGGCAAGGAAGGCCGGCAAGCCAGUCUCGCAGCGGAUUUUUCCAUAGAGCAAUUCUGUCAUCUUACCAAGUUGCUGGUGUGGCACGGCCGGAAUAGCUAUAAGCGAAGCGCCAAACUCGCCCAGUUCGUGAUCCACCGUGGACUUAUUAUCGCCGUUUGUCAGACCAUGUAUAGCAUUGCCAUCAAAUUCGAACCCGAAGGUUUGUAUAAGGAUUGGCUUCUUGUCGGCUAUGCCACCGUUUACACAGCAGCGCCUGUACUCUCCCUCGUUCUCGACAAAGACGUCGAUGAAAAUCUAGCGAAUCUCUACCCCGAGCUAUACAAGGAACUGACGUCUGGUCGGUCCCUGUCUUAUCGCACUUUCUUCGUCUGGGUUCUUGUAUCAAUAUACCAAGGUGGUAUGAUUCAAGGUCUGUCCCAGAUUCUCACCGAAGUAGACGGACCGAGGAUGGUAGCCGUUAGUUACACGGUGCUCGUUCUGAAUGAGCUUUUGAUGGUUGCCAUCGAAAUCACAACCUGGCAUCCAGUGAUGAUUAUGUGUAUCGUCGGGACUUUCUUAUUCUACGUGGGAUCAAUGCCGUUUCUGGGCGGAUACUUUGAUCUUGACUUCCUUCUUAGCUGGGGUUUCCUCUGGCGCGUGCUCGCCAUCGGUUCGAUCUCGUUGGUCCCGCCUUAUGCUGGAAAGUUGAUCAGGAGAACGAUGAAACCGCCAUCAUAUCGGAAAAUUCAAGGCAUAUGAUUGGCAUGUUUAAGUAC